CAGGUUGGCGGGAUGUUCAAUAUCCUCUCACUGUAGACUCCGAGUUAAUGCUUUGCUGUUAGAUGUGAACGCUGUUCCGCAAAGCAGAAGUGUUGCGGAUGUGGGCAGCAGCAGUGCGCAGCGGCCUGUGUGCUGCAGCAGUGCGGUCCGAUCAGCCAUGAACCCGGAGGAGCAGACUGUAACCUGGCUCAUCUCACUCGGAGUGCUUAAUUCCCCUAAAAAGAACAUCGCGGACCCGGAGGGAUUUCUCAAAGCAUCACUUCGAGAUGGAGUCGUCUUGUGCAAGCUUAUGGAGCGACUGGUACCGGGAUCUAUUACAAAGUAUUGUCCAGAUCCUAAAUGUGAAACCGACUGCAUUGGCAACAUUCGGGAGUUUUUGAAAGGAUGCGUCUCUUUAAAGGUUGAGGGUUUUGAACCAGAGAGCUUAUACACUGGUGAGAAUUUUAGCAAGGUUCUGUCCACACUGUCAGCAGUAAACAUCGCUACUCAAGAUCGUGGUACUGAGAGGCCAUGUCCACAGUCCAGCUCCUCUGUUCCUAGUUUGUCGAUCUCGACAUCAUCCAUCUCAAAGUCCAAAUCCUUGCGUAGACAAUCAAAAGCAGUGGAGAUGUCAGAAAAUGGAGCAGGUAGCCAGCUGAUGGUGAAGGCACGCUUCAACUUCAAGCAGAACAACGAGGACGAGCUCUCAUUCAGCAAGGGCGAGCUGAUCCAUGUCACCCGGCAGGAGGAGGGUGGAUGGUGGGAGGGGACGCUCAAUGGCAAGACUGGCUGGUUCCCCAGCAACUAUGUCCGAGAGGUCAAACCAUGUGAGAAACCAAUCUCGCCUAAAGCGGUGAAGGGGUUCGAUGUUCCACAGCUGACCAAAAACUACUACAGUGUGGUGGUACAAGACAUCCUGGAGCACGAGCGUGAGUUUGUGAAAGACCUCCAGACGGUUCUCACCUGCUAUCUGCGACCUCUACAGGGCAGUGACAAGGUUUCAAGUGCAGAGAGCAGCAGUUUAUGUGGGAACUUGGAGGAAAUACUCACUUUCCAACAGGGACUCUGUGCGACUUUGGAGGAAUGUAGCAAGAUGCCUGAAGGCCAGCAGCGCAUCGGUGGCUGUUACAUGAACAUGAUGUGCCAGAUCCGUAUGCUGUACCUGUCCUACUGCUCCAGCCACCCUUCUGCAGUGGCUGUACUCACUGACCACAGUGAAGAGCUGGAUAAGUUCAUGGAGAGUCAGGGAGCCAGUGUUCCAGGCAUCCUGACUCUGACCACCAGCUUGAGCAAGCCCUUCAUGAGGCUGGAAAAAUAUCCCACCCUGCUGCAGGAGCUCGAAAGACAUGUAGAGGAAGCCCAUCCAGAUUACAGUGACAUUCAGAAAGCAAACAUUGCUUUUAAAAAUCUUGUGAUGCAGUGCCAGGAACUGCGAAAGCGAAAGGACCUGGAGGUGCAGAUACUGUCCGAGCCAGUGCGUGGCUGGGAGGGAGACAGCAUGAAGUCUCUCGGCCAGGUGGCCUACAUGUCCCAGGUGCACGUGCAGAGCAGCUCCAGUGAGGACAAAGAGGAGCGCUACUUCAUGCUGUUUCCUAAUGUGCUAAUUAUGUUGUCUGCCAGCCCACGAAUGAGUGGCUUUAUCUAUCAGGGACGGCUGCAGCUUUCAGGAAGCACAGUGACCAAACAUUUGGAUGAUGCAGAGACCAGUCAUUAUGCAUUUGAGAUUGGAGGAGGUAUGGUCGAGCGCAUGACAGUUUUCUGCAGUAGUUCCCAGGAGCUGCAGGAAUGGUUAGAGCAUCUGCAUGCUUUUACCAAAGGUGGAAGUCCUGUUGGAACCAUCCUGAAGAAUGUAGAAGGCAAGCCCAUGAGUAUCGUGGGUACACCGUCUCAUCUGAGCCACAUGCAGGGCUUUGGCACAUCCACGGCCACCAGGUGCCCUCUGGAGCCACCUAAAAUCACCAAGCCGUGGUCUCUGAGCUGCCUGAGACCUGCUCCCCCACUUAAACCAUCUGCCGCCCUGGGCUACAAAGAGAGGAUGUCUUAUAUCAUGAAGGAUUCCAGCAAAAGCCCUAAGCCCAUCAAGAAGUUCCUGAACAAGAGAAAGACAGAGAGAAAAGCCUCAGAUGAUGAAAAUUUGCUCAGAAAAAGUACCGUAGCUUUGGAAGAAGAUGCCCAAAUUCUGAAGGUGAUUGAAGCUUAUUGCACUGGAGCCAGCCUGCACCAGACCACAACAGCUGUGCGUAAGGACGGUGUCCCUCCAAUUCUGCUACCAGAGGAGGAGAAGAUCAUUGUUGAAGAGAUGAAGAGCAAUGGCCAAACAAUCACUGAGGAGAAAAGCCUUGUUGAUGCUGUUUACGCGUUAAAAGACGAAGUCCAUGAGUUGAAGAAGGAGAACAGAUGGAUGAAGCAGUGUCUAGAAGAGGAGCAGAAAUCCCGCAAAGAGCUUGAGCGUUUGGUCAGGAAGCUGGCUAAACAGAAGAACGACUAUACGUGGGAAGACGGAGGCCACUAAGUAACAUUUCUAAAUGUUCUCCCCUUCCACAUGUAUGAGUGUGUGUGUGUGUGUGUAUAUGAAAGAGAGUGGGUGGAUGAGUUGCUAGUUUUGGGUUUACACCAAAUGUUGCAGUGAGAAAGUCUUCCUGCCUUGUAAACUUUUUUUUUCUUUCUUUCUUUUUUUUUUUUUUUAGAAUAACUUUUUUGUGGAUGUCUUGCUAUGAGAUCAUUUGUGCUUGACUGAUGUCUGUACUGGGUUUCAGAAAAGGUUCAUGCAGAGUGUGUUUAGUUCCUGCAAACAGGGCAAAAAAUGGUGUUAGACGUUAGCAGCGUGACAACGUAGUUGUGAAAGUCUGCACCUGUGACUUUAGCCAUAUGGCUCACAAAACCAGAUUUUAUGUUCCUGUCCACCCUCUAACAUUAAGCGUAGGACUAUAUAAAUGAUGCAGUACAAUAUAAGAAGUGUAAUAACUAUACAUCAGAUAUGCAAAUGUAGCCAUUAUUUCCAUGCAUUUGGAAAAAGGAAAAGAUUCAGUGUUCAGACUUGAUGGGGAAAAUAAGAUUCAAUCUUCAACCAGAAAACGUGUGUGUGUGUGUGUGUGUGUGUGUGUGUUUGUGCGCGUGCUGAUGAAGCCUCCAUUCAACAAGCAUGAAAGUGAGCUCAAAGGCCAUAUGUCUUUAUAUGUGAAACUACCUUCAUGGUACACUGGCAGACAGUUUCAAUAGUGGACUUCUUUGUGUGUUUUUAUUUCUAAUUCUCUAUGAUAAUCUGAAUGAUAAAGGAAGCAUUCAUGCUUGAUAUUAGGAAUGUGAAUUAUAGAAUAUGUUGCACAUGAAUGACAUGAGAUGCUCCGGUUGUCCUCUCGAAAUGAUUUGACUGUUUGCUUGUUGUUGUUGUUGUUUUUUAUUAUUAUUAUUUUGUAGCUUUUUGAAUAGUUUGAAAAGUAGCUGGUGUGUUAUUACUGGCCAUCAAAAAUAUUUCCUUAAACUAUAUCUGUUACAGUCUACAAUAUACGUAUGUACAGUAUUUCUAUAGCAUUCUUUACACAAGAUCUUUUUUUGUUUGUUUGUUUGUUUCUGGGUUUUUUUGUUUUUUGUUUUUUUUUUGUCAUGCUUGCUCAAAGCUGUUCAUAGCAAAAGAUGCAGCUAUUCCUAGAAAUACAAUACAAUUUCAAUACUAUUACGGUAUAAUUUAUUACAUAUGUAUAUCAUAUAUACUUUAAAACAGUAUAUAAUAGCUAGUAUAGCCAAAAAUAACCAUGUAAGCUUUCCUAUUUAGAAAUAAUACAAUAAUUGAUGAUUACCUCCCUAUUCUGAGGUUGUAAAAAAUAUAUUUAUUUUUGAAUGCAGUAGUCCUGUAUUGAAAACAUGGUACUUGGGCCUCUCUAAGCACUCCUAUAACCUUACACCUCAUUUAACCAUCUGGUCUUACACAAAGAUUGUAGGAAUUUUUAUUAGUAAGGAUUAUUUCAUCGUAUUCCGUAUGAAUUAAGUUGUAUGAAAAGCUUGUUACUGUUAAUCUCACCGCCCCUGACCCUAACCUUAAUAGCUUGUAGCUUUUUUUUUUCCUCUUUAUUUAUUUUUUUUUUUUGUGCGUGUUUGAAUUCUUGCCACUGCAGUCCUGACACCAUGCUGGAUUUGCUAAGAAAUUAGCAGUAUAUUCAUAGCCGCAAUAAUUUUUUAUAAGUAUGCGCUCUUUAUUAAAGGCAGUUGCACUGCAUGAUUAUUAUAUUAGGGCACCAUGAAUGUGAAUUUGUAGAUGGAUAACCAAAUUUAGGCAUAAGGUCAUAAGAAAAAUGAACCGUUUAUAGCUGUGAUCUCUGAUAAUAAUCAUUUUUGUAACAUGUUUAAAUGCUAAACCGGUACACCCUGUUGGAUGCAUAUUAUAUGCUCUGCUGCAUUGCCUGAUCUUUCUUGUAAGGUUAUAACACGAACAGAUUGGUGACAAUUAAAAGGAAAAAAAAAAACAGCAGUGUAUUAAUUAAUAAGUUGUUGGUACUUCAGCUUCGCUGCCCAAUGGUACAGAUUUAAUAAGUUUCUGGACCUGUACGGAAAAGAUGAGCACCAUUCUUCCAGAACAUAUUCCCUCCAUCGGUGAUUUGAUGAUGGUGGCAGAGAGCACUGUGAAAACACGUGACUCCAGAAUUGCAAAAUGGACUUUGAAUUCAUUUGCAGUCAUACUUCCCUCUAAUGGCAAACCACGAUCCCUUGCAUCAGAGCCGUGGUUUUUUUCCUUUCAUUUGUCAUUCGUCUGUGCCAUUACCUUGAAAAUGAAACUAUUUGAUGUAAAAUUAGACCCUAUGGGCAAUAUUAUUAUAAUAAAUAGGUGUAUAUUUAAGCAUAACGAGUGGUGAGACGGUAUGUGUGAAUGUUUAAAAGCCAUAAAAACAGGAAGAGAUGUAUUUGCGUAGUCCUGCAAAAAAAAAAAAAAAACAACAACCUAGUAUUCAAUGCAAUAAGACUGAAGACUGGUUUACUGUUAACUGUUAUGCAUUGAGGAGCCUCAAUUUGCACUGAGGUAUGUUCUCCAACUGGUUGACAGGAUUUAUUCCUACAACCUAUAUGAUCCUGUUUCUAUAGUGCUGUGAUGAUGUAAAAAAAAAAAAAUUUGUAUUAUUAUUUUAUUCUUCCAGAGAGAGACUUACUGGUACUACUCAGUAAUUUGUCUAAGCUGUGCUUGUCAUUGUGUGUGUUUUGCAUAGCUGUAAGUAUUAUUUAAAAAUUUCCAUAGUUGUUAUCAAUAUUAUUCAUGUUGAUACACAAUGUGUUCCACCAGAAGUCAUUUUCAUGGCAUCCUAUGUACAAUUUAAAUACCAGUCCAGCUGUUGAGAUUUAUGUUAUUGCUGAUGUGCAUAUUAUCCAUAAUUGAUGUGCUGCUUCAUAAUUUGAAGGACUGAUUGUUCUGAGUGGUGGUCUGUUUGUUUCCAUUUUCCUUGUACUAGACUAUCCCAUGAUAUUUGUUAUACUUAAUAUUGUAUGCUGUCUCUGAUGUCAUGAUUGGGGUUGGGAUUGGAUAAAACUGCCUGAUAUCUGUAGCACUUGCAGGAGAUUUUCCUUGGAUGUUCAUCUACAGUAGUCACUUAUUUUUCUUUAAGCACCCUAGUCUGCAGACCAUGUGGAUUUCUAUGCAAAUAUCAUUGUAACAUAUAUAUUUUUUCUUUUCUUUUUUUGUGCUUCUGUUCCCUUCCCCCCCUCCCCCCCCCCUUUUGCCUUCAUUUUUAAAGGAACUGUUUUAAUAAAAACAUCAGAUAAAUAACA